UGUCAGAACGUUAAUUGCUCGUUAUUAACAUUCCGGAUUGGACUGUAUGCUCCGGCGCUCGGCGGAUUAAUUUUGUUUUCUAGUUUUUUUGGUUACACUGAUUCCUAUUUUUAUUUUACACUGAAUCAUCAGAUCCUUUUUCUUUACAAGGCCACCCAUUUUUCUGUUUCGGACAUUUUGAACCACGUCUUACAUUUUCAAAUUUUCAUUUGUAAAACAACUUCUAUUUCAAAAUAUCCCAAUUUCCAUUGCCUCUUUUUUUCAUCAAGUCUACCGACUACAUGCGCCAGCAGUAAAUUUAGCUACCUUUGCAAUUUGGAUUUUCACCUAGACAUGUGAAACGCUGCACGCUCAUCUUUCCUAAACAACAUUUUGUGCUAAAAGGUGGCGAAAUUUGCUCCUAGUUUUGCUACAAAGCUCCCUCAUAGAAUUCUUGAAGAUAAGUUUAUCUCACUCUUACAGUCAUGUAAGACCACCAAUCAUCUUCAGCAAAUCCAUUACCAGAUCAUUACUCAAGGUUUUGAAUACAAUGACUACAUCAUGCCAAAGUUUAUCACUGCAUGCGCAUUGCUCAAGGAAAUGCAAUAUGCCCAAAAAGUGUUCGAUCAAAUUCCUCACCCAAAUGUCUCCAACUGGAAUGCAAUGUUUAAAGGCUAUGCCCAAAACGAAUUUCACAGGAAAGUUAUUGUCUUGUUUAGUCAAAUGAAGAGUAUGGAUAUAAUGCCUAACUGCUUCACAUUUCCAAUGGUUCUUAAAUCUUGUGUAAAGAUUAAUGCAUUGAUAGAAGGUGAAGAAUUGCAUUGUUUUGUGACAAAGAGUGGAUUUAGAGCCAACUCAUUUGUGGGUACUACAUUGAUUGAUUUGUAUUCUGGAGGAGGAGCGAUAGGAGCGGCUUAUAGAGUGUUUGGUGAGAUGCUGGAGAGAAAUGUGGUUGCUUGGACUUCAAUGGUUCGUGGUUUUAUAUUCUGCAAUGAUAUAGAAACUGCACGUCGCCUUUUUGAUUUGGCCCCUGAACGUGAUAUUGUGCUAUGGAAUACUGUGGUUUCAGGUUACAUUGAGAUAGGGGAUAUGGAAAAAGCACAUGAGCUUUUCAAUAAGAUGCCAAAUAAAGAUAUUAUGUCUUGGAACACAAUUUUGAAUGGUUACGCCAACAAGGGUGAUGUGGACGCUUGUCAGAGACUGUUUGAGGAGAUGCCUGAAAGGAAUAUCUUUUCAUGGAACGGAUUGAUUGGAGGUUAUGCACGUAAUGGGCAUUUUUUUGAAGUAUUAAUUUCUUUUAAGAGGAUGUUAAUUGAUGGUAAUGUGAUUCCUAAUGAUGCAACGUUUGUGACUGUGUUAUCGGCCUGUUCAAGAUUGGGUGCUCUUGAUUUGGGCAAUUGGGUGCAUGUGUAUGCUUGGGGUCAUGGAUAUAAGGGAAAUGUAUAUGUCGGGAAUGCUUUGAUGGACAUGUAUGCAAAAUGUGGUGUUGUAGAAAAUGCAAUCGAUGUUUUUAAAAGCAUGGUUAAGAAAGAUUUGAUUAGCUGGAACACCAUGGUUGGUGGGUUAGCAGUGCAUGGGCGUGGAGCUGAUGCUUUAAGUUUGUUUUCUCAAAUGAAAAAUUCUGGACAAAAGCCAGACGGAAUCACCUUCUUAGGUGUUCUGUGUGCUUGCACACACAUGGGUUUGAUUGAGGAUGGCUUUUCAUAUUUCCAAUCAAUGGUUGAUGACUAUUCAAUUCCACCUCAAAUAGAGCAUUAUGGUUGUAUGGUUGAUCUGCUUGCAAGAGCUGGCCUUUUACCUCAGGCUAUGGAUUUUGUCAAAAAGAUGCCCAUGGAACCAGAUGCUGUUAUUUGGGCUUCUUUGCUCGGGGCAUGUAGGGUUUAUAAAAAUGUUGAAUUGGCUGAAUUGGCACUUGAAAAACUCGUUAAAUUUGAGCCAAAGAACCCUGCAAACUAUGUGAUGCUUUCAAACAUAUAUGGCGAUCUUGGAAGAUGGAAAGAUGUUGCACGAUUAAAAGUUGCAAUGAGGGAUACUGGGUUCAAAAAAUUACCAGGUUGUAGCUUAAUUGAGAUCAAUGACGGUGUUUUUGAGUUUUAUUCUCUAGAUGAGAGGUUGCCUGAGAGUGAGUUAAUAUAUGAAACCUUAAAGGGCUUGACAAAAUUGUUAAGAUCAUCCGGAUAUGUACCAGAUCUUAUGGAGCUUGGGAAUAAAAGAUGAAGAUAGAAGGUAUAUACUGUCAAAGGUGUUGGAAACGUGAUGAAGCUGCUACCUAUGAGACACCUUCAUCAAACCUGACUGUAGUGAGCUUUUGUGAACCACGGUGAAUGCACCUCCCUUUUCAAGUCAAGGUCAAACCAUUCACAUCCAUGCAUCUAAAAUGGUAUUCCUUACUCUAUUUGGCUUAGCAAGUUACGAACAGCACCUUGCAUCACUGUGAACAGAAGUGUCAUCGCUAGAUUUGAAUCCAGAAAAUGUCAAAUUUUUCGAAGGCUUAGCUCUCCUGACUUGUAAUUUUCUUCACAAAUUGAGGUCGACAGCCUGGCUAGGAACAUAUUUAAUUAGAAGAAAACUCAUGUUUCUUUUCAACAAGCGAAAGCUCUUUUGCAUUUGAGAGAUUUGUACCUUAACUUGUAUUUAUAUGGAAUUCAUCCCUCCACAUUUUAGCUGGAUGUUAUGCAUUUGUGAGUUAUUUUCACCUAAUGUAUUACACUACUAGCUUUUUAUGUUUGUGGACUUAAACGAUUUCUUUAUAUUUUAUGUAAAUAUAAAAUAUAUCAUGCAUUUUAUACUUUAUUUAUAUUUUAUGAAAAUACAUCCUGCAUUAAAUUAAUAAGCCAAUUGUCUGAUGUUUAUCUUAUAGUUCAAAAAAAGUCAAAUUUAAAAUCAUUAUCCUUUGAAUAAAAGGGAAAAUACUUUUAAAUAAAAUGAUAUUAGUAUGACAGGUCUUUUGGUUUGAAAGAUACAUGGAUUAUAUUCAAAUUGUCAAACUCUGCCAUUUGUAUAAAUGUAUGUGUAAGUUAAUUUUGAUACGGUUGUUAAAAAAGAGAGAGCAUAGGGGCUGAAUAGCAGCUGUAGAUCGUGACUUUUGUGGGAAAGUUGUGGCUUUGCUGGUUCACCCAAUUUCUCAUGUCACUGAUCCUUUGUCUUGAAGCAAUUAGUCCAAGAGAGGCAUUGUCUUUGCAUAUAAAUGGGGCUGUUAGCAGAUAUUUUUUUGGAAAGCGAUUCUCAUCUUGUUAUUCAAGCAGCAAGGGAUGAGACUCAACCUGCAUCAAGAGUUUUCUUCAUUGUUAGUUCAAUUUGUAUUUGCUAAAUGGGAAUGUAAUUAUGUUGCCCAUAGUUGGCAAGAAAAGCCCUUGAUGUUUCUCUCUGUUUGAAUCUCUAUGCUCAGAGUUGUUGGAUUAAAGAUUCUCUUCACCUCUCUUUGUUUCUCUCUGUUUGUUAAUGCUUUUGUUUUUUUUCCCCCAAAGAAAGAGAAAUAAACAACUGCUUCCCUUUGCAUAAUUGAUGGUGUUUUACUUCCUUCGCGUUGUGACCUUCAAGCAAAUUGAUGAUGUUGAUAAGGAAAAGUACUAGUCUCAGUGACACUUGCUUGGUUCAUAAACUAAGAGAACUGAAUUUGUGGCUUUUGUUGCUAUAUUUUGAUUAUUUGAGACAGUUAAUAUGCUUGCUGUUAAUGUAAUGAGGCUUUUUUGUUUUCAAGAACUCUUUUUGGAUUUUCUGUUGAGCUUAGAGUAUAUAAUAAUUUCUUGGUUCUGGGUGGCUCGAAUUUCUUUCUUGGUUUUUCAUAAUUUGCUUACUGUUUUUCUAUUUUCUGGUUGGACACUUUAUUGAGACUUCUGUGUCUUUGUCUUCCUUUCUUUAAGCAAAAAUUUCAGGUGACCAUAAACUUCUACUUUUCCUUCACUUUAAUGUGUUUCUAAUAUUGAAUUUUAUUGGGUUUAAGCCAAUAUUGUCAUUUGCCUCUAAAAAGAUUGUUGGCUAUCAAUUAGUUAUUAAUUUUGAUCAGCAAAUGUCUGUGUUUUUGCGUAGCAGAACGGAAGCUUAAGGCUUCAAGUUUGCACCUUUAUUUCUGAGGGUUAAUUUCAAUUCCUUACAAUGCUAUCUACAAAUCUGAAUCUGAAGCAGAAUGGAAGCUUAAGGCUUCAAAUUUGCACCUUUAUUUUUGGGGGAUUAAUAGCUAUUCUUUACAAUGCCCACAAAAUCUGAAUCUGAUUUUACAAGCUUAGCCCCAUCAUCAACUUCAAGAUCUCCAAAGCACCCUGUGUAUUAUAUGCAAAGCCCUUCGAAGGAUUCACAUGAUCGGGACAAGUCCUCUUCAAUUCAACCAAGUCCAAUGGAGUCACCUUUACAACCCAUUUCCGACACCAUUGAGGAAACUCAUCUGCUAGUAGGUUUUCAAGUGCAUUUGGGUCCUCUUCGGUGAGGACAAAAGAAAUGUUGAAAGGGUGGAAUGAGAAAGGGUAGUCUGAAUGUAACAUAAUCAUGGAAGAUAAAGCAUUUACUAAGCGGUUUCAGGCCUUGAUUGCUUUGAAUAGUUUUUAUAAUCUUAUUUACUGUGUUUUACUUGAUUAUAUGGGGGACUAACAGGCCUUAUUAGGCAGAGAUUACUGUCUAGGUAUGCCAAUCUUUUCUUUCAUUUUAUUUUUGUGCAACAUUUAUUUAAUAUGCUCAUUAGAUUAUAUAUUCUGUUGAAGAUAAUUGAAUAGUGAAUUAUGGCUAA